CCGCCUACCCGGCCGCGGCGGCUGUCACGGGGCGAGCGGGCCGCGCCGGGCUCCUGCGGGGCGGGGGCGGCGCUGCGCGGGGCCCCGCGGCUUCCCCCUCGGCCUGGCAGCGGCCGCCCGGCGGCAUCCGGGCCCCGCCACCAUGUUCAGGCGGAUUCUGCAGCGGACUCCAGGUAGAGGUGGCUCUCAGAGCUCAGAUUCGGAUUCAUCUGCCACACCAGGAAAUGCCGUGGACGUGAACAACGAAGGCUCCUCCGAGGGCUUCAUCUGUCCGCUAUGUAUGAAAGCGUGUGUAACUCCCACUGAUCUGUCUGAACAUUACCAGAAUGAGCACACUGGGACAGAAAGAAGACAGGAGCUUCGUGACCUCCCAGCUGUUACUGGCUUUAUUUGUCCUCUGUGUAUGAAGUCUCAUGGAUCAGCUGAGGAGCUGUUCAAGCACUAUGAAGCAGUUCAUAAUUCUGGCAUUGAUUCAACUCAUGGAGGGGAAAGUCAUCUGUCACCGGAAAGAGAUGAAGUAUCACUGCUCCGACAAGAAGUCCAAGACUUGCAAGCUUCACUGAAGGAGGAGAGGUGGUAUUCAGAAGAGCUGAAGAAAGAACUAGAGAAAUUGCAGGGGCAGCGGCAGCAAGAUUGUAAAUCUGAUGGAUUGACAACGGCUACAUCUACAGAAUCAUUAGAACGGCAGCUAGAAGAGAUCCAAGUAGAAAAUUUUAACAUUAAGCAAAUGAAAGACUUAUUUGAGCAAAAAGCGGCACAACUGGCUACUGAAAUUGUGGAUCUUAAAUCGAAGUAUGAUGAAGAAAUUAGCCUUCGUGAAGGUGCAGAACAGAAAGUGACAAACCUGACACAAGAACUGCAGAAGGAGAGAAGUACAGUGGAAGACUUAAAGACAGAGCUGCUACAAAGGCCUGGUGUAGAAGAUGUGGCUGUCCUGAAAAAGGAGCUGGUCCAAGUUCAGACGCUGAUGGACAAAAUGACACUGGAACGUGAGAGAGAAUCUGAAAAGCUGAAAGAUGAGUGCAAGCACUUGCAGGCAGAGCAGGCGAACUCGGAGGCUACCAUUAACCAGUUAAGAGCUGAACUUGCCAAAGGACCUCAGGAGGUAGCUGUGUAUGUUCAGGAGCUGCAAAAACUUCAAAGUUCAGUCAAAGAGCUAGAACAGAAAAACCAGAGUCUGACUGAGAAGCUACUGAAGAAAGAACAGGACUACACCCAGCUAGAAGAAAAACACAAUGAAGUAUCCGUGAGUAAGAAGAAUGUGCAGGCAAGCUUUCACCAGAAAGACCUGGACUGCCAACAGCUUCAGGCAAAGCUGUCUGCGUCUGAAGCUUCCAUACAGAGGUUACAAACAGAGCUGGGUGAGAAGGCGGAGGCAAGCCAGAAACUUAAAGAAGAGUUGUCUGAAGUAGAGACAAAGUACCAGCAUCUCAAGGCGGAAUGUAAACAGCUCCAGCAGCAGAGGGAGGAAAAAGAGCAGCAUGGCCUGCAACUCCAAAGCGAACUCAGUCAGUUGCACAGUAAACUUCUAGAAACAGAGCGCCAGCUAGGGAAGCGCACGGGCCGGCUGAAGGAACAGAGGCAGCUGUCUAGUGAGAAACUGAUGGACAAAGAGCAGCAGGUGGCUGAUCUGCAAUUAAAACUUUCUCGUGCUGAAGAGCAGCUAAAGGAAAAAGCAGCAAAUUCCACAGAAUUGCAACAUCAAUUAGAAAAGGCAAAACAGCAGCACCAGGAACAGCAGACGCUUCAGCAAAAUACUACAGCAAAACUACGAGAAGCCCAGAAUGAUUUGGAGCAAGUACUACGACAAAUUGGAGAUAAGGACCAAAAAAUUCAAAAUCUUGAGGCAUUGCUUCAAAAAAGCAAGGAAAACAUAUCUCUGCUAGAAAAGGAACGAGAGGACUUAUAUGCAAAAAUUCAAGCUGGUGAAGGAGAAACUGCAGUUCUUAAUCAGCUACAAGAGAAAAACCAUGCAUUGCAAAUACAGGUAACUCAGCUGACAGAAAAGCUGAAGAAUCAAUCAGAAAGUCAUAAACAAGCCCAAGAGAAUUUGCAUGAGCAAGUGCAGGAGCAAAAGGCACAUCUAAGAGCUGCUCAAGACCGUGUGCUUUCCCUGGAAGCAAAUAUCACUGAACUAACCACCCAGCUAAAUGAAAGUAAAGAAAAAGUAUCACAGCUUGAUGUGCAGGUAAAAGCGAAGACUGAAUUGCUGCUUUCAGCAGAAGCAUCAAAAGCUGCUCAAAGAGCGGAUCUUCAAAAUCAUCUGGACACUGCCCAGCAUGCACUGCAAGAUAAGCAGCAGGAGUUAAAUAAGGUCAGCGUUCAGUUGGAUCAGGUAACGGCUAAGCUGAAUGACAAGCAGGAAUAUUGUGCUCAGCUGGAAGCCAAUCUUAAAGAGCACAAAGAGAAACGUCUUUAUUUAGAACAGAAAACUGAAGAGCUAGAGGGACAGCUUAAGAAACUUGAAGCUGACAUUCUUGAUGCUAAAGCAAGCAAAGAACAAGCUCUUCAGGAGUUACAGCAGCAGCGACAGCAAUCUACAGAAUUAGACCUCCGAACAGCAGAACUGAGUAAACAACUUGAAGCGGCAAGAGAAGCGAUGUCUAGUGCUAAAUUGGAUUUACAGAAGAAAUCUGAGGCCCUUGAACAAGCGAAACAGCAAAUUUCAAAGCAGGAGGAGGAAAAGGCCAGCCUCAAACAAAACCUUGAGAAAUCAAAUCAAGAUGCAAGUAAACAACUCAAGGAAUUGGAUUGUAAAAUGCAAGCAGCAACAUCAGAGCUGCAACAGGUGAAAUUAGAGAAGGAUAAUCUAUUAAAGGACCUUACAGCUACCAAAGACAAGCUCUCAAAAAGUUCUGAAUCCUUCAAAAAAAGAAAGGAAGAAUUAGAAAAAGAAAUACAAAAAGGAAAAGCAGCUGUGGCAGAAAUGGAAAAAUCUUGCCAAGAGGUAAAACACCAGCUCCAGGUACAAACAGAGACUGUAGCUAAAGAGAGGAAUGAAUUGAAAAACUCACUGGAAAAAAAAGAGGGGAUUUCUAAGCAGUUGUCGAUAGAACUUGAUUCAGCACGAGCGCAAGUACUGGAAAUUCAGGGUCUUCUGAAAGAGAAAGAAAAAAACGAGCAACAUCUCCAGGGAAAGCUGAGAGAGUUAAAGGAAUCUUUUGAGCAGAAGAAAAAACAUAGUGAGACACUGCAAGCUGAAUUAAAAACUGCUCUUUUAGAAAAGGCAGAACUGGAGAAUAAACUGCAACAGCAGUCUAUUUUGUCAGCACAGGAGCUUAAAGCAGAGAAAGUCAAGCUAGCAGACUUACAGAAGACCCAUGAAAAACAUAAGGAAAACAUGGAGAAGCUGCAGCUGGACCUUUAUGGGAAAGAGUCUGAGCUGCUGGCAACCAGGCAAGACCUUAAGUCCACAGAAGAGAAACUUGCUCUGGCUCAAGAAGAAUUAGUUUCCAGCAGAAAUCGAAUUGCUAGCAAUAAUCAGCAGAUUCAGGAACUGAAGAAGGUAAAGUCUACACUGGAGCAGGAUGCAUCAAAGAAGGAGCAGCAGCUGGGCGAGAAGACCAAAAUGUUACAGGAUCUUCAGAACGACAGGAUUUUGAAAGAAAAAGACUUGGCUAAUGAAAAAUGUAAAACAACAGAGCUCCAGGAAAUAAGGAGUAGACUUGAAAAAGAAAGUGCCAAGCUGGGUGAAGAGCUUAGAGCCUGCAAGCAAGAAUUUGAGAAGGAGGUGGCAAAUCUCAAGGAUGCAAAACAGCUAUUGAUUCAACAGAAAUUAGAGCUGCAGGGCAAAAUAGAUAAGAUAAAUUCAGCUCUGGAACAGGAGAAGAAAAACCAUCAAGCUGUCAAAGAUCAGCUGAAAAAGAGAGAAGAGGAGCUGAAGAAAGAAUGUGCUGAAAUUGAAGCUAAACUGCACACAGAGAAAAAAGAGAAAGAAGAAGAAAACCGGAAGCACGAGGAGAAGGAGACCAAGCUCAACAUGCAGGUCACAGCUCUGAAUGAAAACCUGGCUACCAUGAAGAAAGAGUGGCAAAGCAGUCAGAGGCGAGUGAGCGAGCUGGAGAAACAGACGGAUGAUUUACGUGGGGACAUUGCCGUCUUGGAAGCAACAGUGCAGAAUAAUCAGGAUGAGAGAAGAGCGUUGCUGGAGAGGUGUAUAAAAAGUGAAGGAGAAAUUGAAAAGCUUCAAGCCAAACUUGUAGAAAUGAAGAAAAAGCUGGACAACACUACUGCUGCGAUGCAGGAACUUGGGCGAGAAAACCAGUCGUUACAGAUCAAACAAACACAAGCUCUCAACAGGAAAUGGGCAGAAGACAAUGAUGUACAGAAUUGUAUGGCCUGUGGAAAAGGCUUUUCGGUGACAGUGAGAAGGCAUCACUGUAGACAGUGUGGAAAUAUCUUUUGUGCCGAGUGCUCAGCAAAGAAUGCCUUAACUCCUUCUUCUAAGAAGCCUGUCCGAGUCUGUGAUACUUGCUUUAAUGACUUGCAAGGAUAACUGGCUAUCGUGAGUGACAAAGAAAUGUUACACUAAAACUUAUAAUUUCUGUUGAUGCACUUCGUUCAGCACUCAGACUACUAUUCAGUUUGGACAAUGAUUGUAACACUUGGCAAAAUUUAGUAUAUUUUAAAAUGUUUAUUGAUACCAAGUAAAACUAUUGUAUUUUUUGUGAGACAUGGGCUCAGAUCAUCCAUAGCUUAUUGCCAUUUAUCCUGGAAAGAGCUUCUAUGUCUAGUUUAGAAAUACCCAGUUAUUUGUAAAUAAAGUUUAAACAGAGGAGUAACAAUGUAUUUUUUUAUCUUUUAUUUUUUUGUUCAAGAGAAACAGCGUUUAUGUGAUAUUGCAGUUUAUUCUUGUUUCCUUCAAAGAAAAAGGAAGAUGCAAAAACUUGUGAGGAUUUUAUGUAUCAAAAGUUGCUGUAAAAGCAUAACUAAUUGUUGCAUUUGAUUGCAUAUCUGAUGUUCUUUAUAACGCCCUGUGAUUUUGUUUUCUUUCUAUCUCUCUGGUUCUUGGACUUUUCUCUCUAAAUUUCAAACUCCACAGUGAGGGUAAUGGCUGGAGUCGACUCCAACUCGGUUCUAUUUGCCCACUUAGAGCUUGUUGUAGUAUCAGCACCCGAGUCCUUAUCCAGCUACAGCACUUGGAUACUGGAACAUCUUUACACAUACUGUAUUGCAUAGUUUGCGUGUGUGUAUGUGUGUCUGAGAGAGAGCAUGCGUGAACAAAGGUGAGACAAAGUUUAGCUGGCAUUGUAGAAAUAUGAUGUGAUACAUUACAAUAUUCCAUCCCAUAUUGAUUUAUUUCACUUUUACGUAUUUGGUUGAUGGAUUUUAAUAUUCCAGAAACCCUUAUAUGUGGGUUUUAAAAAGCAAACAAACAAUAGUGGUCGUAGCCUGUAGCACAUCUCUCCACCUGCCCGUACUCUGGAAGCCCUGAGAAGUCCUUAUGGUUCUAAGGGACAUCCAGACCUUCUACACUAGGUGUCCUACUAAGAAAAAGUCUUUUUUUGAGACUGCUGCAGUUUAUCUGACCUUUUCUUCUGUCCCUUCCCUCAGCUUUUGGUGGAAGAAGCUAAACUCCUGCUACACCUAAAACCCCUCAGUUUUCCAUUGCUCCAUCUGACCCUCGUUACUGGAGGGUGUUAAAAGUUACGUUAGUUAUAUGAUUUAGUCUGCUCAGAACGGUGGUGUGAAUCUCCUGCUACUGGAUUAGUUAUAAGCCAAACAGCUCUAAAUAAGAGGCCAAUACAUAUGUCUUCAGAUAUUUAUUCGUAUUUUCUUUUCUGUACUUGCAACAGAGGUUUCUUGUAGAGUUCAUGUAGGCUCCAAACUUCUUUUUUGUUGUGAUUUUAUUUAUACCCAUUUGUUCUUGGCUGCCUCUCUCUUACCUUUUCUUCCCUUUGUAUCUGAUGUCUCAAAACUGUUCAGGUUAUUUCUUCUGAGUGGGGGUUAUGCCUUCUGAUAUCUAGGGACUCUUUGUCUUAAACACCCUAAUAAAUUCCCCACACCCCAAGCUCUUCUGCGUCUUACAAAAUUUUGCCAGCUGUUCAGAGAAAAGGACUGUGUCCUGAAUUCCUCUGCUUCUUGCCCGAGGUAAGGAAUCAAAUUCUGUCACAACGAUGGAAGCUUAGCCAUCAUUACACAGGUUUGUUUGCUUUUGUCUGUUGACAGCUCUAUAUGUGAAUGAAGAAGAGUCUCUUUUAUGAAAAAUGUCUAGUCCUGAUGAACUCUCAAGUGAAAAAACUUCUUAAUCCUUCUUCUCCAGAAGCCGUGAUCUAUAUGUUUCAUAUCCCUUCUUAGCUUACCUGUCUAGUUCUACAUUUGCAGCCUCAAGGAGUCUUCCUCAAGGAGUUUCCUUAAAAUUAAAUUCUUAUCUCCCAAAAGCCAGCUGAAUUAUGGAAUUCAUUCUCCUCGCUAUGAAAGGGUUUGGGAUGCAACCGUGCUUUGUGUGAAAUACUGACCUGCUUUUCUGGUUCAAACUCAAGAGUUUCUUGCUCUAAAGAAACAAUUGCUGCAACGGUUCCAUAUGAACAGAGCCUCUGGACUCGCUGUUUCUCCUUGUCAGUGUAACUGUUUGGCAUAAGAAUAUUUUGAAUAGAAAAUACGAACAGAAUCUCUGCCUCUGGGAAUUAUUUUUUUUUUCCCUACUGAUUUAUUUAUUGAGAGAAUCUGAAGAGUUUGCUUUUGAGCCUUUCUUUCUUUGACGUGUGGCUUCAGCAAUGUGGGAAAGGUAAAGAUGUGACAGUCCUGCUCCAGCCUUGAUGUGCUCUGCCCUGUUGUGUGACACAUGGAGCCUCGUGCUGCUCUUGGGGUGAAGGACGACCGUGUGGAGAGAGGGAAGAGAGAAGCUUCCUGUGACUGCACAAGGACAAAACGCAUGAGGCAGAGGAAGAUGGAAAUCUCUCAGGGGGAGCUAGGAAAAUGGUUAAAAGACUCACUUGUGGUCAGGCAUUUUGCUUUUGAAUGGCAACGUGUGGAAGUUGAAGAGAGAGCUCUGCAGUAAAGAAGAAGUGGUAGAAUCACACAGAAUCACAGAAUGGUAGGGUUGGAAGGGACCUCUGGAGACUAUCCAGUCCAACCACCCUGCCAGAGCAGGGUCACCUAGAGCAGGUUGCACAGGAAUGCGUCCAGGUGGGUUUUGAAUGCCUCCAGAGAUGGAGACUCCACCACCUCUCUGGGCAGCCUGCUCCAGUGCUCUGCCACCCUCAAAGUAAAGAAGUUCCUCCUCAUGUUUAGGUGGAACUUCCUAUGCUCAAGUUUGUGCCUGUUACCGCUUGUCCUGUCACUGGGCACCACUGAAAAGAGCCUGGCCCCAUUCUCCUGACACCCACCCUUUAAGUAUUUAUAAGCAUUGAUAAGAUCCCCCCUCAGCCAUCUUUUUUCCAGACUGAAGAGACCCAAAUCCCUCAGCCUUUGUUCAUGAGAGAGCUAUUCCAGUCCCCUAGUCAUCUUCGUAGCCCUAGAAGCUCUAGUAUGGUUCUUAAUUGUUCUUAAUUCAGCCUUUUGGGAUGCCUUUGUGUAAAGACGAGCAGCGUCGCCUCACUCAGCUGGCUGCUGAAGCAGUGCAGUUGGUUGACCGCAGAUCAGACCUUGCUCUGGAGCUCCUCGGCUUCAGGGGCAAAACCAGCUCUAUUUCUGAAGACUGCUUUUUGCUGACCAGUUUAUAUGACCAACUUUUUGAGGGGAUGGAAAUGCUUUUCAAAUGCGCAUUUGUAGAAAGAGGGAUUUUUAAAAUCUGGAGGAACAGUGGUGUGGUAGAAGCUUUCAUGCUUGAGCCUUGGGUUUGCAGCAAUAGGUCAGGAUUUCUACAGCUUUUCACUAAAGUAAAUUUAUUACUCCAUUGCUAAAUCUUAUGCUCCUUCUUUUGUGCUUAUGAUUCUUGGUACUGGUCUGUAUUUGUUGACGACUUGAUGGUAUAAUAGACCGUAUAAUGCUCUUGGCCUCACUGCCAGGUUGGAAGUUGUGCUCAAGCUCAGUAAAAUGAGCCAUGAGAUACAUAAUAAGGGAAACUGGAAGGUGAAAAGCUUUGUAUUUCUAAAUCUUGCAGAGUCUGACUGUUUUGAUGGGCAUGUUUCAGUAGGAAUGUGGGAUUUUUGUUGCACUGCUUUAAAAUAUAAAUAAUAGGAAAAACGUAGUAAAAAGCCUGGUAACUUCUACCACACUGAGUUAAAGGAUUCCAGACAAAAUAGUUUAAUGCACUGAUUUUUCAGACUGCAAACACAGGAACAGAGGGAAGAAGUAAUAAAAUGGCAAAAAAGACCAGAGCCUUGGAACCGGAGGACACACGGUGAUGUGUUUUAGCAGCCUCUAGCAAGAACCAGAUAGCUCUGAUUCACUGAGGAGAGGCCAUUAUAGAUCAAGAGGUGGAAAUAACAGUAAAACCAGCUCUCGAACCAGUAGGUGUGUGAGAUCCUCAAGCUGCCUUUGAUUACUGGCCAUUACCAUGGCAUCAGGAAUGGGACAAUGAACUGUGGGGUUUGUUCCUAAAACUGUCCCCUCUGCAGGAUGCUCCAUCCACAUUCAGAAUUGCUUGGGGAGCAGAAUAUGAGAGACCAGCUGCUACAUGGGUUGAAACAAGCUACGGAGGCAAUCGGGGAAAGUGUAAAGGGGAUAGUCUUGUUAAGGGUGGGGAGAGCUUCCUGGAGACCACCUCUCUUCCUAGUCAAAGAGCCACAAUCCCUUGCGUUGUUGCCUCCAAAAUGCCAAAUCCUACCGUUCUACUCCAGCCUCAUGUCAGCAAUAGAUACUUCAUACUUCGUCCCUGCAAGCCCUCUGGAGGCAGGUAGCGUUGCAGGGGUCAGUGGCAGGCUUUUUUGACCUUAGCUGGCUGUGCUUCGCUGUUAUUUCUUCUCCCCAUGUAUUCCUUCCCUCCAGUUAUCUUCCCCUUUCUGCAAAGGUUGAACAGAGAAUAAAAUUAAUGAGUCACAGUAGGAAAAGCUGCUGUCUGCAGAUGAAGAGACAAAAGGAAUUUUCUGCUGCAGCUUCCAACAGAGGCAAGAGGUUUAGAGGGAUCUCGUUUUUCAGCUGGCUUCGUUCUCUGGCGCAAGAGUCCGAGGCUCUAGGGUGUAGUGUGGGGUUUUUUUCCUCUGUUUUUGGAAGGUGUCAAGUAACCAAGUUGCCACGGAGUGUGGAGCACGAGGUGCACAAGAACAAUGAUUAACUAUUUUUGUUGGUUUUGGGAUGAUUAUUUGAGAAUCCUCGCUGGAAAAGCUUUCUUGGUGAAGCAAGAAGGGAUUUGGGAGCAGAAGCAUGAAGUAACUAACCUUGCUGUGUUUGUAUUACAUUAGCAAGAACAAUUGAGUCUCUCAUGCUAGAUGUUAAGAGAAGUGACAUUCCUAAAGAAGGGACCUGGAAAACUCAAGUACUUUUCUGGAUUAUUAAAUGUCAGUUAAAUAUGAAGUGGUUAACAAAUGCUUUUUGCAAAACUUAAAAAUUUAUGACCAGUACUCAGCGGCAGACAGAAAACUGAUGGAGCUUAAGUUCAAACAGAACAUCAGCUAUGCCAAGAAGAAUGAUACCAUAGUUUGAGUAUGUUGAAACUGAUAAAUCACUCCUCCAAGUACCACCCCUCCCACUCUCAUAUUCUUGGAGGACUAGGAAACAACACUGUCAUUUGCACUAUGCACUUUUUGCUGUCUGACUGAUAUAAUCUACAGUAAGUGGAACGGCAUCGUUGGCAUUGUAUGUGUUAGCUGUAAUCAAUGGACAGAAGGUUUAUCUUCAGCUGGACCUUUCACUGUAUUACAUUUGGCCCCUUGCUCAGUAAGAACUGCACUCAUAAUUCCUUUGUACCAAAACGCAGACAUUGUCUGAGAACACAUGUAACAACAAAAACCAUGUAGUCAUGCAUGUGAUGUCUUUGUAGAGCUUCCUUUUAAGAUUAUAACAUGAGAAAACAUGAUUUUUAUGUAUUUUGAAGGAUCUUGCCAGUUGUCCAGUUCUUAAUUUUUGAAGUCUUGACUUCAGCACCCCUUCUGGGAUAAGUUUAAAAUUGUUGUGCAACCACAGCCUCUCCAAAAGCACUAUGUGGCUUACUUUUCAAAACCAGCAAUAACUGGAUAGUAAAGUCCCUCCACAGAAACUCAGUUUUGGGGGUAUUUUUUUUUUUUUUAAAGGGGCACUGAAUAAAGAGGUUUGCAUCUUUAGAGAGAACAUUAGGUGCCACUUAAGAUCACAAUAAUGAAGAGGAUAGGUACUAGUUAAUAUAAUAAACUCUGCCUUCUGUCUGUAGCUCACCGCAUACUAUGCACUCACUGUGCAGCAGAUACAGGAGUAUCUGCUCAUUUGAAGAUUAGUGAAGCCCUGCUAACCCUUUUGGAUCAAUGUUACUAUGAAAGCAGAAGCCUGGUAGGCGUGUUUUCCAAUUUUUCCUUCCCCCUAUGACCUAAACUAAAACCAAAUUCAUCUGUAUUUCCUGCCUUUUUUGGGUAAAGAGGGCUGGGAAAGAGUGUUCGUCGUUAUAUGUCAACAGGCCAGUGCUGGCAGGUCCAGGCUCCUGCUGUUGGCUUUAUGGCAAAGUUCUCCAUUGUAUCACGCUAAAGCUUGAUUCCUGGCGCAAAAGGGAUGUUUGAAAGAAUAUCUCGCUGGGUUAGCAAAUACCAGAAUUUUUUAUAGUAAUGUGUCCAAAAUGCUGCUUGUACAGGAUCUGUCACUUUUGUAACAAAAGAAAAAAAAAAUCACAAAAAAAUUAAUUGUAAAACCCCACCAUUUGAUGCCAUUACGUAAGAUUUCAUUUAAACUACCUCUCAGUGUGAAAUUCAAAUAUUAGGUAAAUUUAAUAAGGUUUGCUCACUGUCAUGUUAUGUAUAAGUUACAGUGAAUGCCAAAAUUGCGAAAGUUUAUCACCAAAAAGGAAAAAGGUUAAGUCUUUUUUUUUUUUUUAAUGUGUUUGAAAGUAUCCAAUAGUUUCAAGUUAUUGUAAACUCUGUUGUAUUCUUUUAACUUCUGUAGUUUCAAUCUUGAAAGUCUAGCUGCUGGACAGGAAAUAAAUCAGAACGAGAAGCUUUCAUAAUCACGGUCUGCUGAGUAAAAACAAUUUUGUAUGCAGCUUUGUCAUUUGGCUACAGAUAGCCUCAUUCACCAAAUGUACCAUUAAUUCAGUCGUCUUUCUUUUUCUUCAGUACUCGAGAUGUGAACUUGAUGAAUGGUAUUCUGUAACGGAUGCGUGCCACAAAUUACAUUGUCUUUGCCUCUUUUCUGAAUUUUAAUGAUGAGUUUAUUAUUGCAGAUGUGAAUAUUGCUCAUACAGCUUAAUUUCUGUAUAAUUGUAUAAAAUAUAAAUGGAAAAAGUUUAAAGUUCUUACCCGGUAUUUAGAGGUAAUGUAUUAUAAUAGCCUUAUGUUGCAGUUUUACCUACAGAGUACUGCACUUCUGUUAAACUGGAUCAUAUCAUCUUGGUAGGUGUAGAUAGAUUUUUUGCAUGAGUGUGUUUUGGUUUUGUUUCUUUUUAAUUGAAGUUCGAUUCUCUUAAGUUCUGUUUUCAGUGUUUGUGUUUACUACUUGUGAUCACGUAGUUGUGCCUUACAUUGUGAAUGAAUUUAGUCCAGCGUGCACUCUAAUUCCUAAACUCUAUGAUUUGGAAGGCAGCUGUGGAUUUGGGUGAGAAGAUGACACCAUGCAUCAACCGGUUCUGUAUAAACUAUGAUGAAAUGUUAUUGAAAUGUCAUUUUUGUUUUCUAACCUGCUAAAGGAAUGAUU